AUAUAUAUAGAGAUAUAUAUAAAGAUUGGAAUUGGAAUUGAAAUUUGUUAUCAGAGUGAGUCUGCAGUUGUGGCUACCAGGAGGCUGCCUUCAGAUUCUGGUGCUUUUGCAGACUGGGUAGCUUCGUCUUCUACCUCUGGCCGAGCUGCUGAAGACCUUUCCCUCGGCUUCAAUGCCGGGCCCACCGCCGGUGGUGGAUCCGCAUCUACCACCGCCGGUGGAGGCAGUGGCGGUGGCGGCGGAAUGUGGUCUUCCGCCACCACACGCCACCAUCAAAUCAAUUACGGCCUUCCGCCAGAGAUGGGGAUGGUGGGUCUCCGAGACGUGUUUGUUGUGGCGCCCGCCUCAUCGUUCCACCACCACCACAACAACAACAACAACAACAGCAAUGAACCCAUCAUCUCCGAUCCCCAUCAUCAUCACGCAAUUAACGCUUCCAACGCCGCGGCCGCCACCGCUCUGGGCGUCGGAGUGGGCGUCAUCCCUCUCCUCACCGCCACGCCGUGUCUCCCCGAUGAAGAUGUGUUGAACAACAACAAUCGUUGUAGAAGUAGUAGUGGAAUUCAGUUUUGGCAAAACCAACAAUCGCAGCAGCAGCAGCAACAACAACACUCGAAUUAUCUCAAGAAACCCAUGUUUCUCGAUCACACUAGUCCGUCAAAUUUUAUGCAAACUCAGACUGGAACAACUGGCACAGGGACUGGUACUGGAAUUGGUGGUGGGUCGGCCUCAUCGAGCUCCGCCACCACAUGCCAAGACUGUGGAAACCAGGCCAAAAAAGACUGUACUCAUCGCAGAUGUAGAACUUGUUGCAAAAGUAGAGGUUUUGAUUGUGCAACACACGUCAAGAGCACUUGGGUUCCGGCCUCUCGCCGCCGUGAACGCCAGCUCAUGGCUGCUGCAGCCGCCGCCACCGCCGGGUCUUCCGGUUCCACCUCCGGUGCUAAGAAACCUAGACUCAUUAAUUCACAAACCACCACAACUUCACAUACUUCCACUUCCAACACUCCUCCUCGAAGCUUCGAUACUAGUUCUAGUCACCAAGAUGCGAGUUUUAAAGAGGGAUUGCCGGGACAAUUACGAGCCCCAGCUGUGUUCAAGUGUGUUCGAGUCACUGCGGUUGAUGAUGGUGAAGAUGAGUAUGCAUAUCAAGCUGUUGUCAAAAUAGGUGGACAUGUUUUCAAAGGAUUUUUAUAUGAUCAAGGGGAAGAAGGAAGAGAUGGGUUUCCUGAUAUAUCAGAACUGCAUUUGGGUGGUGGUGUUGGUGGUAAUGGGGGUGGCGGUGGUGGAGGAAGGAAUGGGGCUUCGUCGUCGUCACCAAUUCUCGACCCCUCCGACGUCUACGCCGCGCCCGGUGGUGGAGGAUUUCUUGGAGGUUCAAGCUAUGGUAACCAAAUAAACUGAUAAUAUGGGCAAAGACUGAAAAUGAAUAUUAAUUACUACAUUGUUGUCUAAUUUUCUCUUCUUUUGUCUCUACUAAUUAUCAAUAGGGUUGCUAUAAAUUUUUGCUGUAGGAGCUUAUUUUAAUUGUUAUUAACAUAUGUCUUGGUAUUGAUAUAGAUUCUUGUUCCUCAUUUCAAUUUGUCUUUAUUUAUCAUCAUCAUCAAGGAGAUGAUCAUCAUUUGCUAUAAAAGUGCUAUCUUAAAUGGAAUGAUAGCACAUCAUCAAUAUCGAAAACAA